AUGAAGGCUGCCUUGUGUGCAGAAUUUGGGAAGGAUCUGGAGAGAGAACGAGCACUGCAACGAUUUCACGCAGCCAGAUGGGACGAACAGGAGGAUUUGAUGGUGUUUUUCCAGCAGGUGGACAGACAUCUAACGAUAGGGAUCCCCGAGUUAGAGGGCAACGCAAGAGAGCGCGUACUGAAACAGCAGUUUAUCCGAAGUCUGCCCGAUCCACUCCGUGAUCAGGUGAAAUUGGCGUCGAUGGUGGGAGACAGCAAAGCGGUGGAUCUGGUGACGGUCGCCCAGAAUUUGUCGGAACGAGUGAUAGUGAGAAGCAUCCAGCAUGCUGAGUUGGAACAGAAAGUAAAGCGCCUAUCCGAAAUGGUGGAGCAGCUGUUGUCGAUAGAGUCUUCAAGCACCACUUCACAACGCAAUGUACGGGUAAUCCGGAACGGUCGCCGCUGUUUCCGAUGCGACCAGAGUGGUCAUGUGGCGAGAUUCUGCACCAAUGUCAAUGUGCUCCAUGGUUUCUCUCUAUCCAUGCCGAGUCGGUGGCGAGUACCAGUUCUCCAGAUAACUAUCGAAGAUGUGUCUGUCCGAGCCAUAGUAGACACAGGAGCGGCAGUGUCAAUUACAAAGAAGUUCAACGGGGUUCCAGUAAACCCAUCGUCAAUCACGAUGCAAACGGUCGGCGGGCAUUCUUUGAAAGUGACGGGCACGCAGCGGUUACGAAUUAAGAUAGGAGAAACGCUCAUCCGCCAUGACAUGUUCAUCGUGGAGGAGACGACCGAAACCAUCAUCGGAACCGACAUCCUGAAACGGCUCGGUGUCACAAUUGACCUGAAAAACGAUGUGGUAAUUGUGGCUAACGAUACGAUCGAGAUAAACAAGGAGAGAACCGACCGGAUUGGUGCUCUCAAAGCCGUGCCUGAUUGUCAGAACCGUGCAAUACGCAACGUACUGAGCAGGUAUGCCCACUUAUUCACAGACGCGGAAGAUGAUUACGGAUUUUGCAAUUGGGUUGAACAUCGAAUACCAUUGAUCCCAGGAGGACAAUGUAAGCCAAUCUUCAGACGAAUUCCACAGAACACCCUGGUUGAGAUCCAGAAGCAGGUGACCGAGAUGGAAUCGAAAGGAAUCAUCAGGCGAACGCACAGCCCGUAUUCAUCACCCGUGCUAUUGACGAAAAAGGCCGACGGAACCUAUCGAUUUUGCAUCGAUUUCAGAGAACUAAACAGGGUGACGGUGAAGGAUGCAUUCCCGAUGCCUCAGAUGGAAGAAAUUUUCUCAAGCCUUCACAGUGCCAAGCAGAUAUCUCUGAUUGAUCACCGCUCGGGAUAUUGGCAACUGCCGAUCGCAGAAGAAGAUCGUCACAAGACGGCUUUCAAUGUCAAUGGCCAGCAGUAUGAGUUUUUGAGAAUGCCGUUUGGAUUGUGCAACGCCCCGGCUACAUUCAGGCGUUUGUUGCUGAUGGUCCUCGCGAACCUGCAAGGCGUGGUUGUGUACGGUGAUGACAUCAUCGUCUUCUCUGAGACGGAACAGGAACAUGUGACCAGACUUGGAGCAGUACUGCAGAGGCUAGACGAAGCUGGUCUGAAACUCAGUCGUAAAAAGUCGCAGAUUGCUCAAAAGUCAAUUGUAUGCUUGGGUCACAUCUUGGGCAAUGGUCAAGUCCAUCCACUUCCGGAGAAACGCAAGACGAUCAAGUGCUUCGCAAAACCAAAAUCCAAGCGUCAGCUCCGUUCGUUCUUGGGAGUGGUGGCAUAUGAUUCAAAGUUUGUGCCCCAGUUCGCAGAGAAGGUCAGCCCGUUGUUAAAGCUGCUUCGCAAGGACGUGCCGUUCGUGUGGACAACUGAAGCGGAUGAGGCCUUUGACCAUCUAAAGGCAUGCAUAGCAGAAGCCCCGACAUGUCUACGGCUACCCAAUCCUGGUGAGAGGUUCACUGUGGCUGUCGACGCACGCAAUGUGGCCAUCGGUGCGGUUUUGUCUCAACCGGCUGGGGUGGUGGAGUACGCGAGCAGAGUGCUGACGGGGGCGGAACAGAAGUAUUCAACAACGGAGAAAGAAUGCUUGACCAACGUGUGGGCUUUAGAGAAGUGGAGAAAUUACUUACUGGCGAAUGAAUUCCGGGUCGUCACUGACCACAAACCGCUCUCGUGGUUGAUGACGGCGAAAGACCCGCGGGGACGACUUGCGCGAGGGCCUACCGAUUGCAGGAAUUCAACUUCACCAUUGAGCACGUGGAUGGAACGCAAAAUGUAUUGCCAGAUAUGUUGUCACGCCCGUGUUUGGACGACAUCAUGCCAGACAAUGCCAUACCGGUGCGUGCGAUUGCGAUGGGGGAGAGGAACCUGCUGGGAGAUCAAAGGACAGAUGAAUUCGUGA